AUGGAUAAGUCCUCGCAGCCUGUACAGGCAGAGCCCGAUCUCGAGGCCAGUCCUUCGCCCGAGUUGCUCGCGAAGAAGCACCAGUCGACGAUGACGCUGCGGUGGAAGGAGACCCUGGACACCGCCAAUACCGACCUGGUGUGUCUGCUGCUCUGUUUUCUGACGGGCCUGUGCGAUAGCAGCGCCUACAAUGCGUGGUCGUGUUUCCUGGGAAUGCAGACAGGAAACACCAUUUUCCUCGGCCUCGGUGCAUCCAAUCAGCCCGUGACCAAGCCAUGGGGGUGGCUGAAGUCCCUGAUCUCGAUCGUGUUCUUCUUUGUAGGGGCAAUGAUCUUCUCAACCGUGAUGCGGAAGGUCGGCGCCCUCCGACGCGGCACACUAUUCGUCUCCUUCCAAAUCCAAACACUCCUAAUCAUCAUCGCCGUCGCCCUGAUCGAGGCCGACCUCAUUCCGCAUACUUCCGCCGAUGCGAGCCUUGACGGCGGUCCGCUGUUCCUGGAACUGAUCCCCAUCGCCCUGCUCGCCUUCCAGUCCGCCGGAUCUAUGACCUGCAGCCGAUCACUGGGCUACAACGAAAUUCCUACCGUCGUCCUGACCAGCGUCUACUUUGAUAUCGCCUCCGAUCCUGCGAUUGUCGAUAAACCCACGGCCAAUGUCAAACGCAAUCGCCGUGUCGGCGGUGUUGUGUCGCUGCUUAUCGGCGCCAUUGUUGGCGGCUGGUUGAGCAAGAGCAGCGGUGGGAUGGAGUCGGCAUUAUGGAUGGCUGCCGGACUCAAGCUCGUCGCUGGCUGUAGCUGGCUGUUCUGGAAGGCAGCGGCACCAAAAUAG